UAAUUUUAUAUUUGGAAAUUUAGCGGCUUGUGUUUUAAAAUAUAAAUAAAAAUGUUAAAAUUAUAAAUUAAGAAAAAGAUUUAAUAAUUCGAAAUUAUAAAAUUUAGUGUUUUAAUAAGUAAUAACCAUGAUGAAAAAGCAUAAGAAACAUAAAAGCGACAAAAAGGAACGCUAUGAAGGUCAAUCGAACGAUAAACAACCGGCAUUGAAAUUAAUACUUAAAGUUGGUGGUAGUAAUUCAACCCCUGAACAUUCCAACGAUUCUCCGUGUCAUUUACCAGCACCAUCAGUUGCAUCCUCAUUAUACAGCGUGUCGGGAACAUUAGACGAUGAAAGCCGUCAAUCUGCGGCAAGUAGCUUGUUUCCAACCCCGGAUGGCGGAGUUCAUUUUGAAAAACAUAAGAAAGCUAAAAAGAAGAAAAAGAAAAAGGAUCGCAGCAAAGAUCGUGAAAAGAAGCAUAAGCACCACCACAAAGAAAAAAGACGUAGAAGAGAUGAAUCAAGUCAAGAUGAUAUUUCCAUAGGAGAAGAUUCAUUGAUCGAAUCACCCAUGUUAAAACGUAUUGGUGAAUUAACAACACCAGUUGGAGGAAUGCUACCUUCUCGAAUUGCAACUAAUAAUUUGUUACGCACAGCCAUGCAAAAUACAUUUAAUGCUGAACAUUUUGCUUCAGAUAAUUCACAAAACAUUGAAGCUCGAUCACCAAGAUCAUGUGUGCUACGGCAACGUGAAUUAGACAAGAAACCGCUUAGUAAACUUUUAGAUUAUUUGGUAAAAACACUUGAGAAACGUGAUCUUCAACAAUUUUUUGCUUGGCCUGUAACUGAUUUAAUUGCACCUGGUUAUUCGCAUAUUAUAACUCGUCCUAUGGAUUUUAGUACGAUGAAACAUAAAAUCUCAGAGAAUCAAUAUAAUAAUUUACAAGAAUUUAUUAGCGAUUUUAAAUUAAUGUGUAAUAAUGCUAUGGAAUAUAACCAUGUGGACACGAUUUAUUAUAAAGCAGCAAAAAAAUUACUUCAUGUAGGCACAAAAUUUUUACAACCAGAAAAAAUACGAACAUUAAGGCACAUUUUACCAUUUAUGUCAGAAAUACCUAAAGAUGAAUUAGGAUUUGAAGUUAGUACUGUAAUUGAUGAAAUUAAAACUGAACAAACAAUGGACAUUGAAGAAAGUUUAAUACCAAAUGUAAUUCCGACGACAAAUGCUUUAGAUGCAGCAUCGAUUGAUAUUAAACCAAAAUUAAAAGCAAUGAAUUUCCCAUUAACCAAAUUUGAAGCAAUUGCUGAUGAUUUAUCACCUGAAGAAAUUUUAAAGCAAGCUCAAAAAGCAGCAAAAUUAGCAAAGCAAAAAUUAUCUACAAAAGUAAUUGAACCUAAAAUGGGAUUUUUACGUCAAAAGAAAGAUGGCACCACUACGUUAAAUAUAUUGGUUGGCGGUGACGGAGUAAUUGAUGGUACAAAUGAAAAACCAAUUUCACUAGGAGCUCUAACUGGAAAAUUAGCUUGUGGAACCGGUCAAUUACAAGGAUUUAAGGAAGAUCGGCGUAAUAUUGUAAAAUCAAAUAAACCAUUGUACUAUGGUGCUUUUGGAUCAUAUGCACCAAGUUUUGAUUCUACUUUUGCAAAUUUAAGUAAAGAGGAAAGUGAAUUAGUUCUUCAAACCUAUGGCGAUGAGAAUGCUGUCCAGUAUGCUGAAAGUAUUUUAGACUUUACGAAGGAUUGUGAUUAUACAUUACAAAUGGUGGAUAGCUUAUUGGAUAUACUCACAGGAGGAGAGCAUAGUAAAACUAAAAAAAUUCUGGACGAACGAAAACGUUUACGUGAAGAAGAAGAAACAAUUAGGAAAUUAUUAGAAGGUCGUAUUGCUCAAAACAAUGACAAGAAUUCUACAGAUGAAAAAAUUGAUUUAAAUAAGUUGAAGACGUUAUCAUCACUAGGAAUUGAUGUUACGUUCUUAGAUAAUUUCGAACAACAAAUUAAAAUUGAUGAGGAACAAAAAUUACUGCAAGAACGAUUAGAAACAACAUCACAAUUACUUGAAAAAUUGCAACAGGUUCAAAAUGAUCGGUUAUCAAUGCAACCACCAUCACAUUUAUCAAAUAUUGCUCCACCGACUGAAAGUGAAAUUAUAUUAGCUGAUAAAAUAACAGAAAAUUUGACAGAUAUGGCUAAAAAGAUUACACCAGGUGAUUUAGUGUCACUAACAGCUGUCAGAAAAGCAAUGGGUAUUUUACCUCCCGAAUCAAAGGAUCCUGCUAUGGAUGUGACACCAGCAUUGAGUGGAAAUACUACUGAUGUGCCUGUUGGGGAUUUAGAAAGUGAAUUACGUGAAUUUUUAGAAAAUGCCGGUCCUACUUUAUCACCACAUUCAGCUCAUUUACAUGAUGCUGACAACACAAUUGAAGAUAUUCUUAUGGAUUAAAUAAAAAUAAAUAUGACAUAUAUGCUUUAUUUGUAUUAUACUG